AUGUCGGCAGAUUCAUGUGCGUGGAACGUCCCCAUUGUCAUGACGAUCAUCCGCAGUACGAGCCGCAUUCGUCACGACGUAGACGAGAUAUCGUCGCUAGUUUCGCACUGGAAUAGUACCGCCGACACGCAAUUGUUGCUGCAGCGAUUGCAAACGACAACAAGUACGCACCAAACCGAGUUAUCGUAG